GAUUCUUCAGAUAAUUAUUUUGCGAACAAUGAAUGAUUUUUUAUAUAUUUUAUAAUAUAAACUUUGCAGUCUUAUUUGUUGUGUUUUUUUAAAGACCGUCCAACAACGCAAAACCAUCAACAUAAUUAUGAUCAAAAUGUAAUAAUUUAUUCCAUCGAGCGUGGACAGUCAUAAAUUCAUAGUUGAACCAAUCAUCAAUCUUUUUGCCCGAUAGAAAAAUGGCUUCUAAUAAAAUAUUGUUUGAUUUAAAAGAAGGCAACAAAGAUCCGCUGAAAAUUUUGCGCCAAAGAAUGUUUGAGUGUUUGAAGCAAACGAACUCCGUCGAACUUUUGAAAUCAUUGAUCUCUAGAGCUCAGGCUAUCGAUCCCAGCUUCAAAAUCCAAUUUCGAGACUCUUUCGGAUUCUCUGUUCUGGGAAACGCGAUCAAUCUCCAUCAAAUGCCUCUGAUUAAAUUCCUCGUUGAAAAAUGCGACUUCUUCGUCAAAGAAGAGUUAAUUUAUGCUGUUGAUAUUGGUUACAAAGAGGCCGUAGAUUAUCUUAUAACAUGGGAUCCCGAGCUCCUCAACAGACCAGUGUUGACUGGAACGACAUACAAACCGGGAGUUUCUCCCGUUAUGAUUGCCGCAAUGAACGAAAACGAGCAGAUGUUGAAAUUUUUAUUUUCGCGCGGCGCAGUUCCGUUGGAAAUUCCGAAUUACGACCCGACCGAAUCGAGAAACAUUAUUCGUUUCGACGCCAUCUACCAAACAGUUCACGCACUCUCUCAGCCGGUGUAUUUGUGUAUUAUGAACGAAGACCCGAUCAUGGUUGCCUUCAAAAUAUCCGAAUCGUGCGAGCGAAUAUCACUAUACAUUGACGUGGCCAAGAAGGAUUUCUCAGACAUUCGGGACAGGUGUGAACAAUUUGCAGCAGACUUCAUCAAACACGUGACCACUUUUGACGAGUUACAGCUGAUUCUGAGCCAAAUGACGGCCACAGAAGAACACAUAGUAGCUCCUGGCGAGCCUUGGGAACGUCUCCGAUACGCAAUGACGAACAAUCACCGCAAAUUCGUAGCUAACAGUAGUGUUCAAAAGCUGAUAAAGAAAAAGUUCUUCGAGGGACCGUUGGCUCUUCAAGAUUUCGAGUCUUCUCAUAUUCUAAAACGCGUGCUUUUUGUAUUUUUUCUGUCUCUGUUGACACCUAUCUGGAUAUUUUUCAACUUGCUGGUGCCUGAGCAGAAGAGUUCGGCAGGAAACUGGAUUAACAGCUUCGUGGAGAUGCCACUGAUGCGCUUCAUAGUGCAAAUCGUGUUCUAUGUGCUUGUCGUUUUCAUGACUGUAGCAAACACAGUUUCCUGGAACGCUUUCGACACUGGAACCAUCUAUCGACUCGGCGAAGAUUACUUGUGGUUCUGGGAAUACGCAGAUUUCUAUGCCGAUUACCUUAUGGAAAUACUUAAUUUCUAUUACGAUUAUACCUACUAUUAUAUUGAUGUUAUUGUAGAGUCUUACAAUGAAUAUUUUAAUAAUCUUGGCAAAUUAACUCUGCAACGCGUAGAGAGUCUUUAUCAGUCGACAGUAACUGACGACUGGUUCUCCUAUCUAACUGAUGCCUACAUAUCUCUGUGGACUUUCGGUAACGUAGUCUCAGAAAUGGUGGAUAUCUGGUCCAACGGGUUCCGCUCCUAUUCUUCCGACUGGGUGAACCGUCUCAACUUCUUCUUGAACUUCACUUUCAUGCUCAGUAUUUUUCUCAAGUACAGUUACAUUAUCAAGCAAGGUGGCUACUACCCCCCGGGUCUCUACAGUCACAACUUUGCCCACCCCCUCGACGUAGCCGAAGUAUGUCGUAGUCUAGGUAUGCUCUUCCUCAUUUUCAAAGUUUUCAAGCUCGGGCGAGUCACUGAAGUCAUCGGAAAGCCACAACACUUUCUUGGAUGCGCGUUUUCAAGUGGCGCAAAAUUCUUUGCCAUUUUUCUCUGUGCUUUGGUUGGAUUUUCGGUCGCUCAAAAUGGAAUUAUUCACAACACGUACAAAGAGUAUUUCAAAAACUGCCUACUUGAGAAAGGUCAAGGUGUUAACGUCCAGUGUGUUUUACGAUUGAUGCGACCCCACGGAGAUGAACUUCCAAUCUUCAAUGUUAUGGACGGGUACCAGUCUCUGGCAAAAGUGUGGGGAGAUCUGUUGUUCACGCUUUUCAAACCAGACAAUCGUUUGGCCAACAUGUUUCCACGCUUCGAAAACCCACAAGAGUGGGUUCUAAUGGCGGUUUACACAAUUUACGCGUUCUGUUUGGUAGUCGUCGGCUUAAACCUACUCAAAUCUCUUAUAAUAAGCGCCGUUCUCGGCGCUCUGAAACGCGAGAACGAGAUGUAUUUGUUCCGAAGGACAAUGCAUUACUUCAAUUUCAUUUCGGGUCAAAAUGUGAUGCCGCCGCCAUUCAACGUGUUUCCCAGUGUUCGGCAGAUCCGACGCGCUUUCGACUCCGUUAAUGCACGACGUGGCGAGAAAAAAUCGAAAAUAUUUUCAGAAGAUGAGUUAAAUGAGAUCGUGAAAAUACGAUCACUGAUGCAGCGAUUAAAGAACACUUACAUGCGCGAGUACAAGAAAUCGAGUCGGGCAGUUCCAACUAACAGCGAAGACAUGGAAAUGUUCAAGAACAAAGUUUUUUCGAGAGCCGACAAGUUAGUACAUGACGUCACCCUACUUCAGACUCGGACUCAAGAUCUUAUCAGCGUCGGAGGAAAACACAAAUCAAUUUUGAAUGGAGGCCCUAACUCAGAUAUUGUGACAGAAACCAUUGCAAACAACUCCUACUUGCAGAAGUACCCGAAAAAAUACAAAAACUUUCAGGGAGCGCUGAAUGCUUUAGUCAAGAAAAAAUAAUAAAUUAAGUUUUAAGAACUAUUAUUUUAAUAUCUAGAGGCAAAGCAGAGCUUGGCUUAAACAACGGAUGACUAUGAUUACGUGCA